CCGCCCGCCGCACCGCCCCCGGCCGGCCGCGCUCAGCCCGCAGCGAUUUGACUUCCCUCUGCCGGCCUCUCCAGUUCUCUAGAUCGCUCGCUGCCUGGGCUCCACUCUACUCGGUGUUUGCCACACACCGUUUCCUCUAUCUACUCUUCUCCCCUUGAUCGGUAGACACUCUGCUUGUUUUUCCCCUCUCCUCCCUCCUCUUUUUUCUUUUUCUUUUUCUUUUUUUAUUGAAAACAUCAUCUUGAUUUAAGAUGACUCGUCCAUAUCGGCACUGAAGACUGAAAGGGAAUCUUCACCACCACUCCGACCCUGGUGACACUUCAAAAAAAAAAAAAAAAAAUCUAGAAAAGAAGGGCGGCGGGGGGGGGGGGCUACCAGAAAAAGGGAAAGUCUUAAAGGGCAAAGGAGCGAGACUCGGGACCCUCUGCAGCCCCUUGACUGAGCCCACCCAGAACUGUACUAGCCAUCAGAACUUCUAAUUCAUCUUAUCCAACUGAAAGGGAGGGCGACACGAGCCAGAAGCAAACUUCAGUGGUCUCUGCGGAUCUGUGAUUCCCGCAUUUAGAGGGGUGAGAGCCAGAAGGCACAGGACCCCACCAGGAGGAGGAGUUCCGCGUCUCUCUCGCCCCUUCUACCAAGCCUGAACCUUAGACUGAGCCACGCGGGACACAAGAGGCAGAAGAGGGUAGUAGAAAAUGCGGGGCUCCGGGCCCCGCGGUGCGGGACGCCGACGGACCCAGGGCAGAGGUGGCGGCGACGACACCCCCCGCGUCCCUGCCUCUCUGGCAGGCUGCUAUUCCACACCUCUAAAGGGCCCCCUCUGGACGUGCCUUCUCUUGUGUGCGGCGCUCCGGACCCUUUUGGCCAGCCCCAGCAACGAAGUGAAUUUAUUGGAUUCGCGCACUGUCAUGGGGGACCUUGGAUGGAUUGCUUUUCCAAAGAAUGGGUGGGAAGAGAUUGGUGAAGUUGAUGAGAACUAUGCUCCCAUCCACACAUACCAAGUGUGCAAAGUUAUGGAACAGAAUCAGAAUAAUUGGCUGUUGACCAGUUGGAUCUCUAACGAAGGUGCUUCCAGAAUCUUUAUUGAACUCAAGUUUACUCUAAGGGACUGUAACAGCCUUCCUGGAGGACUGGGGACUUGUAAGGAGACAUUUAACAUGUAUUAUUUUGAAUCAGAUGAUGAGAAUGGGAGAAGUAUCAAAGAGAACCAGUACAUCAAGAUUGAUACCAUUGCUGCAGAUGAGAGCUUCACAGAACUUGAUCUUGGCGACCGAGUCAUGAAACUAAAUACGGAGGUCAGAGAUGUCGGACCUCUGAGCAAAAAGGGAUUUUAUCUUGCUUUCCAAGAUGUCGGGGCUUGCAUUGCUCUGGUUUCUGUCCGUGUCUACUAUAAAAAGUGUCCCUCUGUAGUAAGACACUUGGCUAUCUUCCCUGACACUAUCACUGGAGCAGAUUCUUCACAGUUGCUAGAGGUGUCAGGCUCCUGUGUCAACCAUUCUGUGACAGAUGAUCCUCCCAAGAUGCACUGCAGUGCUGAAGGGGAGUGGCUGGUUCCCAUCGGGAAAUGCAUGUGCAAGGCUGGAUAUGAAGAGAAAAAUGGUACCUGCCAAGUGUGCCGACCUGGGUUCUUCAAAGCUUCUCCUCACAGCCAGACCUGCAGCAAAUGUCCACCUCACAGUUACACCCAUGAGGAAGCUUCCACCUCUUGUGUCUGUGAAAAGGAUUAUUUCAGGAGGGAAUCUGAUCCGCCCACAAUGGCAUGCACAAGACCCCCCUCAGCUCCUCGGAAUGCCAUCUCAAAUGUUAAUGAAACUAGUGUCUUUCUGGAGUGGAUUCCGCCUGCUGACACUGGCGGACGGAAAGAUGUGUCGUAUUAUAUUGCAUGCAAGAAGUGCAACUCCCACGCAGGUGUGUGUGAGGAGUGUGGCGGUCAUGUCAGGUACCUCCCCCAGCAAAUCGGCCUGAAAAAUACCUCUGUCAUGAUGGUGGACCUACUUGCUCACACAAACUAUACCUUUGAAAUUGAGGCAGUGAACGGAGUUUCCGACUUGAGUCCAGGCACCCGGCAGUAUGUGUCUGUAAAUGUAACCACGAAUCAAGCAGCUCCUUCUCCAGUCACCAAUGUGAAAAAGGGGAAGAUUGCAAAGAACAGCAUUUCUUUGUCUUGGCAAGAGCCAGAUCGCCCCAAUGGAAUCAUCUUGGAGUAUGAAAUCAAGUACUUUGAAAAGGACCAAGAGACCAGCUACACAAUUAUCAAGUCGAAAGAGACCACUAUUACAGCCGAGGGCCUGAAACCUGCAUCUGUGUAUGUCUUCCAAAUUCGAGCACGUACAGCGGCAGGCUAUGGCGUCUUCAGUCGAAGAUUUGAGUUUGAAACCACACCAGUGUCAGUUGCAGCAUCUAAUGAUCAAAGCCAGAUUCCCAUCAUUGCAGUGUCAGUGACAGUGGGAGUCAUCUUGUUGGCAGUGAUGAUUGGCUUCCUCCUCAGUGGCAGUUGCUGCGAUUGUGGCUGUGGGAGGGCUUCUUCCCUGUGCGCUGUUGCCCAUCCAAGCCUAAUAUGGCGGUGUGGCUACAGCAAAGCAAAGCAGGAUCCAGAAGAGGAAAAGAUGCACUUUCAUAACGGGCACAUUAAACUGCCAGGAGUAAGAACCUAUAUUGAUCCGCACACUUAUGAAGAUCCCAAUCAAGCUGUUCAUGAAUUUGCCAAGGAGAUUGAAGCUUCGUGCAUCACCAUUGAGAGAGUUAUCGGAGCAGGUGAAUUUGGUGAAGUUUGUAGUGGACGUUUGAAACUGCCUGGGAAAAGAGAAUUGCCCGUGGCUAUCAAAACUCUUAAAGUAGGCUAUACGGAAAAGCAGCGCAGAGAUUUCCUGGGUGAAGCAAGUAUCAUGGGGCAGUUUGAUCAUCCAAACAUCAUCCACCUAGAAGGCGUUGUGACUAAAAGUAAACCUGUGAUGAUAGUGACAGAGUACAUGGAGAACGGCUCUUUAGACACAUUCUUAAAGAAAAACGAUGGGCAGUUCACUGUGAUUCAGCUUGUUGGCAUGCUGAGAGGCAUCGCUGCAGGAAUGAAGUACCUUUCUGACAUGGGCUACGUGCAUAGAGACCUUGCUGCUAGAAACAUCUUAAUCAACAGUAACCUUGUGUGCAAGGUGUCUGACUUUGGACUUUCCAGGGUACUGGAAGAUGAUCCUGAGGCAGCCUACACCACAAGGGGAGGCAAAAUUCCAAUCAGAUGGACUGCCCCGGAGGCAAUAGCUUUUCGAAAGUUCACCUCUGCCAGUGAUGUCUGGAGCUACGGCAUCGUAAUGUGGGAAGUUGUAUCUUAUGGAGAGAGACCCUACUGGGAGAUGACCAAUCAGGAUGUGAUCAAGGCAGUGGAAGAAGGCUACCGCCUGCCAAGCCCCAUGGAUUGUCCUGCUGCUCUCUAUCAAUUAAUGCUGGAUUGCUGGCAGAAAGAUCGAAACAGCAGGCCCAAGUUUGAUGAAAUUGUCAACAUGCUGGACAAACUGAUACGAAACCCAAGUAGUCUGAAGACACUGGUGAAUGCAUCAAGCAGAGUAUCUACAUUGUUGGCAGAACAUGGUUCUUUGGGGUCUGGGGCCUACAGAUCCGUAGGUGAAUGGCUGGAAGCAAUCAAAAUGGGUCGGUACACAGAGAUUUUCAUGGAAAAUGGAUACAGUUCAAUGGACGCUGUGGCUCAGGUGACCUUGGAGGAUUUGAGGCGCCUGGGAGUGACUCUGGUCGGUCACCAGAAGAAGAUCAUGAACAGCCUUCAAGAGAUGAAGGUGCAGAUGGGAAACGGGAUGGUGCCAGUGUGACCCGCAUGUGGGUCACUUCUCCAAGUGAACAACCCAGCACUUUGUAAACAACCCUGAGAUUUAUUUUAACAGAGAAAGGGAAAAGGGUGGUUUCUAAACCUUUGGAGGCAUUUGCCUUAACCUUUGAGUUUAUAAUCAAUAUUUUACUAAAAAUCUCCAGAUCUUCCUCUUAACGUCUUCAUUUUCACGAUGCACAGGUAACCUGCAAAGAGAGCUAACAUGAGGAUCAACAUCCUUUAUUAAAAUAGUAACGAAAUCUUCCCCACUUCUUCCAUGGAAUCUUGUACACGAAGUGUUAUCAAGAUAGAGCACCUUUAGAGACUGCUAAGGCAGCCCCUUUCAAAACUUCCAGGGAUCGACUUGAAAGGAAAAGUUUUAAAGCCAUGUGUGGGCUAAGAAAAGCUGCAUUUUACUGUCGUUUACUUCAAGUCUUAAUUGUGUAUUGAAGAGCAAUAUGAUUAGAUUAUUUCUUAAAUAGAGUUUGUAAUUUAAAAUAAAAUUACAUGUUGUUAAGUUAUAGAAAAUAGUUUAUAAACAUGUUGCUUGGUCAAGGAAAAGUUCAAUACAGGGUGUAUAUUUAUUUUUCUGUGUUAUAAAAUUUACUUUUAGUUGCUCUUCUAGAGAGUAUUAGGUAAUGAAUGUGUAUAUAUGUAUAGUUUGCAAUAUGCGCAGGAACUGACUUACAUUGAAAUUAUGUGUGUGUGUGUGUGUGUAUGUGUGUAUUUGAAUAUGUCAAGGGUAUUGUUCUGCUUGCCUUUUGGAUAGUGUUUUAAUUUUGACAACAUACAGCAAAGGGUCUUCUAGACUCUAUCAUGGGUAAAAGAAUCAGAAGCUGUAGACAAAUUCCCAUUCAAGUUGGUAGCUUAUGCUCUCAUUUUUGAAAGCAAUAUUUAGUUUAUUUAAACAGCUAAUGCCUCUAGACUAAAUCCCCUUUGGAUUUUACAAAGACUCCCUACCUGUCUGUGACAGAGAAGUUCUCACUGUUAAUCUUUCAUGCUUCUUUGAAAUUCCACCUUUCUAAG